UAGAGUUGUAGAUCAGAAAAUAAGCGGUCUCUCGUUGAACCAUUUUUCGUGUUGUUACGCCAUUUUUAUUAACUCUCGUUUGUAACUCGGUUAUUAUUAAAACUUGAUAGUGAAAAGACUAUGAAAAUGGUUGACAAAAUUGAUAUGAGUUUAGACGACAUUAUAAAAUCUAAUAGAUCCGGCAGACGGGGCGGUGGUGCCGGUAAAAGAGGCGGCAGGGGUAGUCAACGCUCCUCCAUAGGUGGAGGUCCACGACGGGGAAAUUUUAGAAGAAGUGGAGGCGUGCAACGAGGCCGCAAUCGCGGCGGAAUUGCAAGACCAUACACGAGGGGAGACAUAAAUAGUGCUUGGAAGCACGAUCUAUUUGAGGGUUAUGGCCCUCGUAAAGCUGCUACCGCUAGAGCUAUUGUUCAAUCAAAUGCAGGUCCAACAAAGUUGAUGGUGUCUAAUUUAGAUUUUGGUGUUUCUGACACUGAUAUUCAAGAAUUGUUUGCCGAAUUCGGCCCCCUAAAAAGUGCCGCUGUUCAUUAUGACAGGUCAGGUAGAUCCCUCGGUACUGCGGAUGUUAUUUUUGAAAGACGUGCAGAUGCUAUUAAAGCAAUGAAACAAUAUAAUGGAGUACCUUUAGACGGACGUGCAAUGAACAUACAACUUACUACUUCAGAAAUACCAGCCAUAGCAAGAGGAGGCCGUUUGACUCAAAAUAAAUUUAACACUUCCAGAAGUCCGAGGGGUGGCACCAGAAAUCGAGCACGAGGUGGUAAGUCAAAUUAUUUACUAAUCUAACAAGUUAGAAAUGCUAGUUGCAUAAUUUUCAGUUUUUAUCAUUCCUUUUCUAUUCUAAUUACAACAUAUUUAACAACAAUUACAUAUAUUAUC